AUGCCAUUUUUUGACCAGCAUAUUUUGCUUGCGAUAAUCGCGCUGCCGAUGGUUGGGGCGGUGGUGAUUAUGGCUACGCCAAGCGCGCGAGACGGGGCGAUACGCGGGACGGCGACUGCUUUCGGCUUGGUAGUGCUGCUACUGUCGUUCUAUGUGUUCACGAGGUACUACUUCGAUGGGGACGGCGCGCGCUUCGACAGCACAUGGCGGUGGCUGAGCAUACCGGGUCCGUGGAAGUUCGGGGACAUCGGAAUAUCGCUGACGCUGGGAGUGGAUGGCGUAGCCGCGCCUAUGGUGCUGCUGACGGGCAUCGUGAUGUUCACGGGUGUGCUGGUGUCGUGGUCCAUCAAGUCGUGGAACAAGGAUUUCUUCAUCCUGUACUUUCUGCUGCUGGCGGGCGUGUUCGGGGUGUUCGCUUCAUACGACCUGUUCUUCUUUUUCUUCUUCUACGAGCUUUCGGUGCUGCCGAUGUACCUGCUCAUCGGCGUGUGGGGGAGCAGCAGCCAAUUCCCGAAGUUCAGCCGCACGAAGGAGUACAGCGCGAUGAAGCUGACGCUGUACUUGGUGGCAGGCAGCGUGCUGAUAUGGGUCGCGCUGAUGGCUAUCUUCGUGGAGGCGAACCUAGGCACUUUUGACAUCAGGCGCCUUGCGGGCUGUGGCCGUUUCACACAUGGUCGCCGGACGGACAUGUGGCGGCGCCGACUGCGGUGA